AUGCGCGUGUCGUUUAUGCUCCUGCUCUGUCUCCUCUACGCCGGACGCGCGCAGAAGUUUUCAGCGCUCACGUUUCUGCGGGUGGAACAAGACAAAGAGUGUAACACAGAUUGUUCCGGAGCUCCUCGGAAGCCACUGUGUGCGUCGGACGGGCGAACCUUCACCUCACGCUGCGAGUUCCUCCGUGCCAAGUGCCGCGACCCACAGCUGGAGGUCAUCCGAGGGCCGUGCAAAGACACGUCCAGGUGUGUGGCGGAGAAGAAGUACACAGAGCAGCAGGCUAAGAAAACGUUCCCACAGGUUUUUGUGCCUGUGUGUAAUCCUGAUGGUACUUACAAUGAGGUUCAGUGUCAUAGCUACACAGGGUACUGCUGGUGUGUCACACCCAAUGGUCGUCCAAUCAGUGGCUCAGCUGUAGCCAAUAAGAAGCCACGAUGCCAAGGAUCCAAACAUGAGAAAGUCAACCCCAGAGAACCAGGCAAAGCCGUCUCCUUGCAAAUCUUCUCCAUUCUAAAUGCAGAUGAAUCUGCCGGACUCGUGGUAGAACCGCAGCCUCCAUCUGACGAGGAAGACAUAAUCACCCAGUACCCCACCCUGUGGACGGAGCAAGUUCGCAGCCGACAGAACAGAACCAGGACUCAAGCGUCUUCGUGCGAUCAGGAGCAACAGUCUGCUCAGGAAGAGGCACGGCAGCAUAAGAACGAAGCGGUUUUUAUUCCCGACUGUGCUCACGGAGGCCUCUAUAAACCAGUCCAGUGUCACCCUUCCACUGGUUACUGCUGGUGUGUACUGGUGGACACUGGCCGGCCCAUUCCAGGCACUUCCACGAGAUACGAACAGCCAAAAUGUGAUGGUAAUGCAAGAGCUCACCCCAACAAACCAAAAGACCUGUACAGGAGCAGACAUUUGCAGGGAUGUCCUGGAGCUAAGAAGACGGAAUUUCUGACGAGUGUUUUGGAUGCCCUGUCCACGGACAUGGUGCAUGCUGUAACAGACCCUGCGUCUGCCGGCAAGAUGUUGGAGCCUGAUCCUAGUCACACUCUAGAGGAGCGAGUGGUCCACUGGUAUUUCAGUCAGCUGGAUAAAAAUGCUAGUGGGGACAUUGGCAAGAAGGAGAUCAAGCCUUUCAAGCGUCUGCUUCGUAAAAAAUCCAAACCCAAGAAGUGCGUGAAGAAGUUUGUGGAGUACUGUGACAUCAGUAACGACAAAGCCCUUUCCCUGCAAGAGCUCAUGGGAUGCCUGGGAGUUACUAAGGAUGAGGGACCCAAACCGGGUGAAGGCACAACUUCCAGUAGACUGAACACCUCAAAGAAACAAGGCUGA